GCCUCAACAGUGAUUCUGAGUCUGCUUUUUGCUUCCCUUCGCUUGCCUUAGCUUUUUCUGUUCUUGAACAGCGGUUUGGGCUAUAGAUUAGAGAAAGCAGCCUUUUUUUCCCUAUCUCAAGAGAGCCUCCUCUCUGUGCUCAGAGAGAUGGGGAGUGGGGAGCCUAAUCCUGCUGGGAAGAAAAAGAAGUACCUCAAGGCUGCCCUCUAUGUGGGUGACUUGGACCCAGAUGUCACUGAGGAUAUGCUCUAUAAGAAGUUCAGGCCUGCAGGUCCUCUGAGGUUCACCCGUAUCUGUCGUGACCCAGUGACCCGUAGUCCCCUGGGCUAUGGCUAUGUUAACUUCCGCUUUCCUGCGGAUGCUGAAUGGGCCCUGAACACCAUGAAUUUUGACUUGAUUAAUGGCAAACCAUUUCGUCUCAUGUGGUCACAGCCAGAUGACCGCUUAAGAAAGUCUGGAGUUGGAAAUAUAUUCAUCAAAAAUCUGGACAAAUCCAUAGAUAACAGAGCUCUGUUUUAUUUAUUUUCUGCUUUUGGAAACAUUCUCUCCUGCAAAGUAGUAUGUGAUGACAAUGGAUCUAAGGGCUAUGCCUAUGUACACUUUGACAGUCUGGCCGCUGCCAAUAGGGCCAUCUGGCAUAUGAAUGGAGUGCGGCUCAACAACCGCCAGGUAUACGUUGGCCGGUUCAAAUUCCCAGAAGAGCGAGCAGCUGAAGUCAGAACAAGAGAUAAAGCAACUUUCACAAACGUUUUUAUUAAAAACUUUGGAGAUGACAUGGAUGACGAAAAACUGAAAGAUCUUUUCAGUGAAUAUGGAACCAUUGAGAGUGUUAAGGUGAUAAGAGAUACCAAUGGGAAAUCUAAAGGGUUUGGAUUUGUGAGAUAUGAGACUCAUGAGGCCGCUCAAAAGGCUGUACUGGACCUGCAUGGGAAGUCAGUGGAUGGGAAAGUCCUCUAUGUAGGGCGAGCACAGAAGAAAAUUGAACGACUGGCUGAAUUAAGGCGGAGAUUUGAAAGGCUGAGGUUAAAAGAAAAAAAUCGGCCCCCAGGGGUUCCAAUCUACAUUAAGAACCUGGAUGAGACCAUAGAUGAUGAAAAACUGAAGAAAGAAUUUUCUUCAUUUGGAUCAAUCAGCCGAGCCAAAGUGAUGGUAGAAGUGGGGCAAGGCAAAGGGUUUGGGGUCGUCUGCUUCUCUUCAUUUGAAGAGGCAACCAAAGCAGUGGAUGAGAUGAAUGGCCGGGUAGUGGGCGCCAAGCCUCUGCACGUCACUCUGGGCCAGGUCAGGCGCAGGUGGUGAGAAUCAGAAAGCUUAGAUUGUUUCAGCCUUAGUGAGAGCAUACUUAGCUUUAGCUCCUUUGUGAUAAGAAAUUAUUUUAUUCCAAGUCACAGGUGUAUUUUUUUCUCUUUUUUAAGUGAAUAUUUUCUUUUGAAAACAAAGUGAAACUAAAAGAAAACUUGUUAAUUUUAGUGAAAAAGUAAUUUUCUGUGUAAAAUUGUCAUUUUGUACUAUUUUUAUAUAAUAUCCUUACGAAUGUUGUAGAAUAAAUUUAAUUCCUUCCCAUUUUUUCCUGAAUAGCCAAGG